UGUGGGAGGGGGUGUGUGAAUAUGUGUGUAUGCAAUUUAUAGGCGGUCUUUCACUUAAAAUUUCAGUUAAAGGAGAAUGUGUGUAUAGGUAAAUAUACAUGUAGCUACCUAUGUGCAUUUGGAAAUUAGAUAUCUGAGAAACGAAUAUAGCAGAACGAGGUAUCAGUUGAUGAUGGUAUCGAUGCGUUUAGUUUUAGCUUCCUGGCUAGGUGGAUUUACCUAAGAAACGGUGGAGGAGAGAGAGAAAGAGGAGAGGCGAAGGGGGGAGGCGGGGGUGUAUGGACCUCACUGGUUACGGGACCUUCAGGAACCCCCGUUUGUGCUCCUAUCAUUUUUGAGGUGAGGACAAAAGAAAAGAAAAAAAAAUUGGAGGAAAAGGCCCACGAACUGUGUGGAUGCGACGGGCCCCCGACUCCGCCGCUGCUGGCCGGGGUUGUCAAGACGAGAGAGGGAGAGGGAAAAGCGGCGGAGCAUUCCACUCAAGACCGGGGUUUCCGGCGACGACAGAGAGAAUAACACAAAACACCCUUUUAUGCUUCAUCGGGCCUUCGUUUGCGUUGAAAUAAGAUUUUGACAGCCCUCUCUUAACGGAUGAAAAGGAAGAUUGAAUGAAACAAUAUAGAGAAAGGGGAGACAAGUGAAAAGGAACCUAGAUUGAAAGUGAUUGUUGGACACUACAAUGGAAUCUAAGGAAAAGAGAUGGAAGAACAAGCAAAGGAAGAUGGAUGAGAAGAAACAAUAUGGAUUGCAGGAAUUAAGAGAACAUAUGGAUAAAAAGUAAAUAUACAUGCAACAGAAAAAAGACAAAAAGAAGAAUUUAAAAAAAAUGAAAAAAAUGAACAAAUAAAGACCAAAGCCUUUUAACAAUAGAACACAGAAGUAAAAUGAAUUAAGUUAACGGGAAAAAGACAAUGGAUGAACGUUUAAAAACAACUAAAUUUGGCACAAGGGUGAACAAGAAUGUAAACAAUUGUGUUCAGUAUGUUUACUGCUAGAUCAAAACACAGCUAUUGUUUUGGUCUGAAGUAUUGACUGUACUGGGCUAAAUAUUGUACAGUACUGCUGCUAAACAUACGCACACAAAACUGCCAGAGGAAGGAUUCCUUUCAUGCGCUUUUGCCAGAACUGAAAAAUUUCCCUGACAGAAUUUCAGGGGUGCAGUUGCUCUGACUUUUAACUUGCUUCUGAUAUUGGAAUCACGUGGAGUUCUGCUACAGUUCAUCUGAAUUCUGUAUUUCCAUCCAAUGUUAAAAACUGUUGGGCCUGUUUUACUCCGAUGACUUCAAGUGCUCUGCCUUCUGCUGUAAUUGUGAUUCAACCAUCCCAACUUCUAGUGCCAAACUGCUACAGUUGCACUGUGGUAAUCUUUAUCAAUCUACGAUUGUAAUUGCUGCUACAACUGGAAACUUCAUAUUCUUUUGCUGUAAUUUGCAACUUCAAGUCAUCGCAUCAAUAUCUUUGGCCGUUUUUCUUUAGUUGAACAAAUGCUAAUAGAAAAGAUUUUUGCAACUGUGGUAAUUGCAGCUUUUAAUGCUAUGAUCCAAAUCACUAGAUAUGACUGAAGUUUCAGCCUUGACCUCUUGAUCUUCUUUUGCCAGCUUGUACUUCUACACCUGUAAUAAUUGCAACUGUUGCUGCUACAGCUGCGUAAAUUGCACCUGCUUCACCUGCUCCUGUCACGGUGUUGACAUUCUUCUUGUGACUGCCUCUCAUGGCUAUUACUUCAUACAGCAUUGGCCACUAUCGCAAGCUUCUGUAACAGCUCCAGAAACAGUGUUUCCACUUUCAGUUCAAAGGUGGAUGUUUUUUUCUUUAAAUGGUGUUCUUUGAUCACAAGUAGAAAGAGGAGCAUUGUUAUACAAACUGUUUAUCAGGAACCCAGCAACCUCAAAAAAUGCAGAAUUUUCGGAACAGCUCGGCUCCCCCUACUCUUCCUCCAGGCUUUUCUGGUGGGAGUGGUGUAGCUGGGGGGAGCUCUCCUUACUUGCCCCAGUCGUCUGGACCUCAGUGCUCCCCAAGGAUGACAGAAGAAUAUGCAGGGGUCCAACCACAACAAAAUCCUCAGACACAAAACCAGCACCUACACCACUUGGUGCCCCACCACCAUACCCAGGCAUCCCUCAUGCUCAGCUAUGGAGCUAGAAACAGAGGAGGUGCAAGUGGAGAAGCACUACAUGGUAGUACUCAUAGUGGCAGUAGUAAUAUCAGUAACAACCCUUACCGAAAAGACAUGAUGGAUCAUUAUUUUUCAAUGAGUGGAAAAGAAAGACACAGGAGAGGAGGCCAAGGAUUGGGGUAUGGGACAGGUUUUGGAUAUCCAAAUAUGGAUGGACACUUGCCUCACCAGUACCGACAUGCUGCAGCUGGAUCAGGAUCUUCUGGGAUGCUGGCUCACUAUCAGUUGGACUACAGUGUUCCAGCUGGUUCUGGUGGCAGUAGCAGUAGCAGCAGUAGUAGCAGUGGCACUGGAGCUUUUUCUCCUUCAAACCAGUACAGCAUGACACAGAACCCCUCAAUCCAAACUCCAACAGGACCUCCAAUACACUCACGUCAGCAAGCCCAGAAUUACCCUUCCCAACAAGCACUGCACCAAGGACAACAGCACAGGGGUUAUCCUGGCUCUGGACAUAGGAUGCCACCUCAGUUCUCCCACUAUUCUUCUUCAAGUGCAUCUACCGGGUCACAAGGGAUGUAUAAUUCCCCCCCAUUGAGAUACCAUGGAGGAAGCAAUAGUGGGAGCUUUGAGUGUAAAGUCAGUUCAUCUACUGCUAACUCAAAUCCUAGCUCCAGCAUAACAUCAACUAAUUCAAACACAGGAUCAUUAGACACUGCGGGGCAAAAUUAUACCUCUUCUGGUUACCCUCCUUAUCAUUCCCAGCCUGCUCAUUCCCAUCACAAACAGCCCACCCACACACAUCGUGGGUCCCAGCUUAAUUUGGGACCAAGCUAUGACGGCUCUCACAAAAUUCACGCCUCUGGUUUACUACACCAACCUCCUCCAGGUCUGCCUUACCCUGAACAUCCUCCAGUUUCCAAUUCAUCCACCAGCUCCUCUACUAACCCCUCUGUGUCUCACUUCUCUUCCCAAGAAAAGUCUAAGUCUCCUAUGCACACUCAGCCCCAGCAGUCCCAACUCCAUCAAAACUUCAGCCCAAUAUCAAAUCCAUCUCCAGUGGCCUCCACAGUCCAGUCACCCAGCUGUAGCUCAUCUCCAUCUCCACUGAUGGGUAUGUCAGAAUCAGGAAACUCAACAGUGCCCCCCACACACCCGUCUCUUCAAAAAGCACGGAACAGCCAUAGCCACAGUAGGCUGUUGCAGACUGUGACUCAGCUGAGCCCCACACCCAACUCCAACAGUAGCAUCAGUAGUUGUGGUAGCAGCAGUGGUAAUGUGAACACUGCUGUUCUCAAUUCAAGUCCAGGAAGUAGUCAUCCUGUCUCUGUUAGGUCCCGAAUGGGAAUGGGAAUUGUGGGAGAGAAUUCAUCCUCUUCCCUCUACCCAUCUUCCCCUCUUGACAAAUUAAUGGCAGACUCUGGGAUCAACAGUUUAAAUGCUUUGACUUCACAAGUGGCUAAUUUACCCAAUACUGUGCAACACAUGUUGCUGUCUGACACCCUGCUCUCACACAGGGCAGCAAAAGAUGCUGGAUACCAGGGUCACUUGCGGGAAAAUCAAAUGCAGCAGUCAUCACAUGCCAUGCAUAAUAGUCAGCAGAAGAGUAGAGGUAUUAGUACUCCCUUUAGUGGUAGGGCAGGAAGGGAGGGAAUUGGAACAGUGAGUUGUGGAAUUUCUAACUCUGAGGUUGGGGCAGGUGAGGAAGCUGCUCAAGUGCCCGAAAGCCCCAUAGGGGGAAAAUUGGAAGGGGAAGAGCAGUUUUCUGGGGGGGAAGGUGGGAGAGUUAGGCAGAUGAGUGGUGCUAGCAGCGGCUCUGAACCAAGUGGCUAUUACUCUGUUUCUCAUAAGCAAAGGACCCAUGCCCAGUCCAUAACUGAACAGGGUAGUCACAGUUUACCAUUGCAAAUAGAAAUGGGAGUAUCCACACAGAAGGGUCAAACUCUGACAUCACCAAGUGGUCCUCAUUUAAGAACGACUGAACAUGACACUCACAGUAGUUUUCCUAAAUCCCCUUCAUCAUCUUCUCCAUCGUCCCAUCCUCCCUCUGCAUUGCCCAGCCCAAAUCUACCCCCUUCUUGCCCACCUGCAUCUUCAGUUCUCACUCCCUCGACUCCCUCUCCAUCCCUCAUCUCCUCUUUCCACUCCAAUAUUGUUGUAGAGCCUAUUGUCAGUAAGCAGGAAAAAGAAGAAAGGGGAGAUAGAAGUGAGAAGGAUGACGAAAAUGAAGACUCAAAGGAAGAAUGGAGGAGUAGCACAGCUCAGAAAGAUGAGGCAGAGGUGGACUAUGAGGGAGACAGACAGAGGGAGAAAGGGAGAGAAACAGAGAUACAUUUACACCCUUCCAAGGGAAAGGAAAAUGAAGAGGAAAAACAAGAUAGGACAGAUUCUGAAGACAUCACCAAACAUGCAGGGGGAGUAGGAGUGAUUGUUUCUACACGUUCUGAAAUGGCUCAGCCUGGAAGUGUAGCUGAACAACCACAGACUGCCCCCUCUGCACCCCCAUGUAGUCUUCAUCAGCCCCACAAUACUGUAAAUUAUGCAGAAGAGACACAUUCUCACAGUUCCUUUGGAGAGUCCAGUAGUCUCAAUGGGGAAGACAGUGAUAGUAUGUGUACUUACCCUUCAAAUUAUGGGACUAAAGCUUCCCAUAAAUCAAGUAGUGAGCAGUCACCUCAUACCCCCAGUACUGACCAGCAGAAAUUCCCAUAUGGAACCUCUGAGUUGCACCACAGUAGUGGAAUGGAUUUAAAAAAUAGAGGAAGAGGAGGAAUGGAAACAAAUGUGAAAUACCAAGGUUAUCAUCAACCACAACCUAAUUACAAUUCUGGACCAAGGAAAAGUGUAGGUCUAACAGGAAUUGAGGAAACAGGAAAGAGAGGGAAUGGAUUAGGUAUAAGUAGGGGGCAGGAAAAUAAUUCUCAACCACAACAGUUUCCAAGUCUUUUGCAAGAAGUCCUGCAAGGUUACCACUUGGAUAGACGCUAUGGCCGUAUGGAACACUUGGCACAAAAGAUCCCCAGUUCCAGUUCCCAGCCUCAAAGCAUAAAUCUUCAGUCCCAUUCUAGACAUCCUUAUGAAAUGACUGGAAAUACACGACCACAGGUCACUCAGACUGGGCUUGGGAUAGACCAUCAAAAUCUUACCCAAAUGGCAGCCUCUGGAAAGCUUCAAAAUCAGAGUCAGCUGAGUGGGCUUGUUGAGGGACAAGAUUCCUCUCUUCAUUCCUGGGGUUCUAUGGCAGCGGGAGCAAAAGGAGAGCAUUGCAGCUCUUCAGACAAACUCAAGAUAGGGGCAACUCAAAGGUCCACUCCCAGCAUGCCUAAGCCAACAGAAUCUUCUACACGGGCCCCUCCGAAACAAAUUAACUUAGCUGACUACUCCCUUCCUCAUAGGAAGCCAUCAUCAAAUCUAUCAGCCCACCACUCUGCUGUGCAGCAAAUACUACUGCAAGAAACUGAGCCAAUGGCUGGAAAUGGAAUACCCAAAAGUCAGCCUCAGCCUAAUGCUUCAUCAUCAUCCUUGCUGUCUUCAAUUGCAUCCUCAGAACGGCGUUCUGUCAUCUGUGAUGUCUCUCCAUCUCGCAGGACUACACCAGAAAGGGAGAGGGAUGGAGACAGAGAAAGUGACCAUGUGAGAGGCCGUCAGCAGACAGGGUCUUCUGUAGCUUCUGUUAUUCAGCAGUCACACCCUACUUCUGAAUCGGAGAGCAUUAAGUUAGAAGAGAGAGAGAAACGAGAGGUGGAGAUGGAGAUGGCAUCCCAGACUGCAAAGGAUACACCAAAUCUAAAUGUCAACCCCGCCUCCCACUCUGGUACUUUUGCAGUUAAGGAAGCAUUUAGUGAGCACCAGAAUAAAUCUCCACAUCCCUCUAUGGACUCAAACUCUGACCUUCACAGGUCCUCCAGUGGAAAGAAGGGGGAUAGUAAUUCAACCAGCAAUACUGUUUGCCAUCCCCAACAAGCUAUCCAGCACCCCUCAGUGAACCCUAGUCCAGUGUCUUCACCAUCUUCAAGGUGUCAGUCCUACUUUCAAGGCUUAGAUGGAUCUAGUAGUCGUUCUCCUGGGUUGGCUAGGUAUGGGUUUCCAGAUACAGGUGUAGGGACCUCAAAGGCAAUUUCUUAUCACCCACAUUACCCUACCCAUCCUCAUCACUAUAUUCCCUCUCAGUCUCAACUAGAAAACCCCAAAGCCACUAGCAAAUUGCAAAUGUACCCCCACUCCCAUUCACUACAGCUCUCGCAUGGACUAGGCGAUAGAGGUGAAUGGACAGCUUCAAACAGUAACAGACCUGAAAAUAUCAUGCAGUCCCCCAGUACUAGUUCAAGUAGACACCAACACCAAAGCCCAGCAAGACCACGAUCUCAUACCAGUGUACUUGCCACCCAACAACCACAGCAUCAUCAGGGGAGUUAUUAUGACACUCCUAAAAUGUGGGGUAUGUCUGAAAGAGAAGAUGGAGGAACAUUAGAGGCUGCUGGUAAUUGUAUAAGAACACAACUAUCAUCUACUGUUUCUCCUGCAGUGGCGACUCUACCAGCAGCCCAAACAUCUGACUCAAAGUGUCUUCAAUCAAAUGCUCCCAGGGGAGUAAGGGAAGAGAUGGUCAAACCAUUCCAUCCAAUGUCCGCUCCCAGUCCCCACAAUAAAUCUAGUAGUAGCAGCAGCAAUGUUGGAGGUCAACAGUGUCAUGGACCAAUCAAAACAGGAGGGUCUGGGGACACUAACCCGUUAAUGAUGAGGAGGAGGGUUCGUUCAUUCAUCUCCCCGAUUCCUGCAAAGAGACAGCACCAGGAUUUAUCCCAACAGCAUCAACAGAGAGCUGCAUCUAAUCAGUAUUCUUCUUCUUUACCCACCUCUGAAUCAAAGCACCAAAAUGAUGCUGACUCAUCCAAUCCAAACCUAUCCCAUACCAAACUGACAACGCCAAAUGCUAUUUUUUCAAUAUCUCCACCCACUCAUGGUAAAACUAAAAUUUUACCACCGAGAAAAGGUCGGGGCCUGAAACUAGAAGCGAUAGUACAAAAGAUUACACCCAAUGUUAAAAAAGCUUCCAAUAACAAUAGCAGCCACACAGAUUCAGCAUCAAAUCAUCAUUCUGGAGUAUCUCAUGCAGAAAUAACUGAUUGCCACCCUGAGACUCGGGACCAAGACACUUGUGGUGAUGGAAAUUUCCCUAGAAUUGGAACUGGGAGUGGGAGUUGCCUACCUUACAUGGGUGAAGGUCUCUCCAUGGAUGAAAUUAUGUACUACAGGGGAGUGGAGGAAACUGGUCCUGUUCCUCCAACUGCCUAUCCAUGUGACCCCCACCAAGAACAACAGAUCCUCAAACAUGACAUCACAGGGAACAUUACUAGGAGUGCUGCUGGAGAUAUUGAACCAGACUUUGGGAUGGGGACUUCGGUAUCUCCAAUGACUGAAAGAGAAGGUGUGGGAGAGAGAGGGAAAGAUGAACUACGUAUACCCUCUGAUUUCACCCUUUUAGGACCCUUACCCCCUCCCCCACCAUUACCCCGCCCUGUGCAGCCCUCCUCUCCUCCAUCAUCGUCUGCUUUGUCAGAUAUUCAACAUUUCACUAAUACAUACCAACAACUGGAGACCAGGAGAGGAGAACACUCUGCAGCUAACCUGCUGAGGCAAAAACUGCAAGAAAGUGGCAUGGGCUUGGGUAUGGAUGACUACCCAGGGACUGACUACUUUGGGACCCAGCCACCCCACCAUAACCAGAAUGCAGGCCCCUGUCUGAUACCCAGAGCCCCACACGCCCAUCAGUCGUAUCAGCAACAUCUAGUUCCAUCUGCCAGGGCCGCAUCUUCAAUGACAGGCUUGCCACAAUUGACAGAGCACAAGCCCCCAGAAAAUAUUGUGCCUAAAGGAUAUUUUCCAUCAGGGAAGAAAAAGGGACGGCCUGUAGGUAGUGUGAAUAAGCAAAAGCGUGCCCAGGUUCAAACCCAGCCUGUGUCUCUGAAUACCCCCUCCAUCACCCAUGCAGCUGCUCCUACACCAACACAUACGCCUGCCCAUAUUGCUACCCCUCCGACUGUUCCUACCACUAAUGCCACAACUGAAACUCAAACCUCUCCACCAGCUGACAUCAAAAUGUCCUCUACUUGUGUUACUCCUGCUGUGUCUCAGACUGUGAAAGCAGAUGUAGAAGAUAACGAUGUGCAACCGGUGACAGAAGUGAAAUCGCGUCGACACCGCCAAAGGAAAGCGGAAGAUGGGAGUGAUGGAGUUUGGGGAGGUGGCAGGCGAAGGAGAAGGAGAGGAGUAGUACGACAAGUUGGUAAAGAGGAGCUGCAACCUGGAACAGGAAUGGGAGGAAACUUUAGUGUGAGUGGACAUUUCCCUGAUUACAGAAAAUCUGCCUUUGUCCCUUAUAUUCAUGUGGAGAGAAAGGAAGAGGAGAUAGGGGCUGUGUGCACAAUUGUGAAUGCUGAAGAGGAAAGAAUGAAGGGAGAAAGUGGAGGAGAAGGAGGGACUGAUAAAAUUUUGAACUCCACUUUUUCUUCUCAAGGAACCAAGGGAGACAGAGAAAUGGAGAAGGUGAAGGAAAAGAAAGAAGCAGAACAGGUAGAUUCUGAACUUCUCCAGUCGUGCACAACAGGAAAGGCACUACCCUCAUCUGGAUAUGUUCUCUUAGGAGCAGUGAUGACAGAGUCAGACAAUUUUGGCCCGCUUCUCUGCUGUCUAUGCAAAAAGUGGGCUAACUACAAAAAUCUUGGAGACCUCUAUGGACCUUACUAUCCUCCUGAAUACACUACCAGGCUUGCAAAGAAUCACACCCAGAUUCGGCAGAGCCUGCUGACCAGAGUAGGUAAUACAGCAGUUAAUUUAGGAGCAGUGGCUACAGAAUCUACCCAACAGGACAUUCAACCGAUCGAAACCCCAACUGACAAGUCUGUGACAGAAACUGAUUCCCUCGGAAAUCAGACUUCAGAGUUAGCAUCUAAUAUUGCAAAAAAUACAGAAUGCUUAGAGAGCAGGGGAGAGAUGCACAGUUUCUCUGACCACAUUGGCCAUGUCAGUGCUGAGAUGGUACAAACCUGGGACGUGAAGCAAGAGCAUACAAUCGAAAGUGAGGUUUUGAAACAAUGUAGACAACAGAACGACCUCGACGAAAAACAGGAACAACCACAGAACCAGCAGUGGCCGACGGAAGACGUACAGCAAAGGCCACAGCACAGAAAACUGACCUCUCACCCGCGAUUCAAAAGGCGACACAAAUCCAGCGACGAUUUGCCCAAGAGUACAUCCACAAACAGUAAAGCCUUACUGCCAUUCCAGCCCCCUCCACAGCUACUUAACCAGGACACCUCUGAUCCUUUGGCACAGCUGGCACAGCUUCCUCAGAUGCCCUUGGACCCAGAGGAAUUGUGGGUGCACGAGGGAUGUAUAGUGUGGGCCAGCGGGGUUUACCUGGUCAACGGACGGCUGUAUGGCCUAAAGGAGGCACUGGAUGGUGCCAGAGACACAUGCUGCUCACACUGUGAUGUGGUUGGUUCCACCCUGGGCUGCUACAGUAAGGGCUGCACACUGAGAUAUCACUAUCUGUGUGCCCUGGAGGCAGACUGCUCUCUGAACGAAGAAAACUUUUCACUGCGAUGUCCGAAGCACAAGUUCCCUCAGAACAGUGGACCAGUGAAGUCCGUGUACCCCGAGCAGUCAGAGAGAGGCUGAGAGACCCACAGAGGGAGGGAAUUUGACGACUGGGACAGGUGCACGGGAACAAUACAGGAGGGAGGACUAAGAAGCUGCCGAGGAUUCCUUUUGUGAAACGACAAAGAAGGGAGCAGAUCACAGAGACAGAUGAACAAAAUGAGGAAUAAAUAACACUUUUCAAAAAAAAAAAAAAAAAACAGGAAAAAAAUAUUUUUUUUAGUA